AUGGAUUUCGAUGAUUCAUCUGGAUCUUCUAACGGUCACGACGAUUACGAAGAUCGUUUCCAUAAUGUGAUUCUUCGAGCUGCCCAACUAGUUCAAAGGCGGCUUGUUGACCAACCUGCCCCAAUCAUUCACCAAAGGGUACCAGUUGACCGUAAUCGUAUUGAAGCACAUGCGCGUUUGAUGCAUGACUACUUUGAUGAUCAACCGCGAUACGACGCGAGACUUUUCAGGAAAAAGGUUUCGUACCCAUAUUUUCAGACGAGAUAUGACCGGGCUGGGAGAAGAGGGUUCGCCGGGGUACAGAAGUGUACAUCUGCAAUUCGCCAAUUGGCAUACGGCGUGAAUAGUGAUUUCCUUGAUGAGUAUUUGCAGAUGUCUGAGCGAACUUCAAGGGAAGCGUGUCUAAAAUUUUGUAUCGGUAUACGGGAAAUUUAUGGGCCAACAUACCUACGGAGACCAACUCCGACCGCUCUGCAUCGUAUGUACUAUGUCCAUGAACAACUUCUUGGUUUUCUCGGUAUGAUUGGUAGUAUUGAUUGUAUGCAUUGGCCAUGGGAGAUGUGUCCAGGCGCUUGGCGAGGUACUUACACAAGCGGUCAUGUGGGUAGACCGUCAUUGAUACUGCAGGCGGUAGCAUCCAACGAUCUAUGGAUUUGGAAUGCUUAUUUUGGACAGCAAGGUUCGCACAAUGAUAUCAAUGUGUUUGAAGUAUCGCUGAUUCUUGAGGAAAUUAUUAACGGCUUGGCACCUAGUGUUCCGUUUUCGGCAAACGGAAACCAUUACGAGAAGGGCUACUAUUUGGGCGACGACAUCUAUCCUGAAUAUAUUACAUUUGUGAAGACGUUUUCCGACCCGAUUGAUGAAAAAAGAAGGCUUUUUAAGAAAAAACAAGAGUCGGCACGAAAGGGUAUUGAGCGGGCUUUCGGUGUGCUUAAAAAACGAUGGAAGGUUCUAAAACAUCCGGCGCUAUAUUGGGACAAAAAAUCCAUUCAGGAUGUUUGUUAUGCUUGUAUCAUAUUACAUAAUAUGAUUCUGGAAGACGAAGGCAAAGCCGUGUGCCAAGACUACAAUGCUCAAGAACCGAGCCUAAAUCCCGAUUAUUGGAGUCACCAAACUCCAAUGGAAGUUUGGAUCCAAAAUCUGCAUACCGUCAAAAACCGAGAAACCCACAACAUGCUAACGGCAGAUUUGGUUGACCAUCUUUGGGCGAACACACCACAUGACUUCGAGCCUCCAGCCGAUCCCUUCGUCGAUCUUCGAGAUUAUGUUAGCACCGACGAUGACGACUCUGAUUAG